CGGGCGGCACAGUUUUUCGGCUCUCACAAAGCUGAGGAGGGGGAAAGUGACAACAGCUAAAAAACUUGGCAACUAGUGAGAUGAAAUUCGUGGAGGAGACGCUGGAGCGCCUUGGGAGACGACACCCACAGAGAAUCCUAAAGUCGGAGCUGGUGGAGGACGAGCCAGCCUUCUCUGGAGCCAGCUCCCCUCCACAGCUGAAGGAUGGCAGGGGUGGACUUUCACCUUAGUUGCCAGCGAUGUCUGAGCACUAUGGAAAGGCGUCCCCCUCCAGCACGCCCCAUGCUAUGUUACUCCUGAUGCUUUGCAAGAUUGUGAGACGAAAACUGCAGACUCUUCCAGGGAAAAUGGUAAACACUGUCUACAGUGAUGAGGAAAAGGGAAUCCAAGACAAGGAAAGUAAAGAGGAGUCCAUCUUGGCCAUGCUGGGCAUCAUUGGGACCAUUCUCAAUUUGGUUGUCAUCAUCUUUGUCUACAUCUACACGACUCUAUAGGUCUUGUACUCAGGUACACGGAAAAGCAUAUAAUGACUGAGUGUGAUUCCGAUACAGCGUGGUGACUGAUAUGGAGGUAAAAAACGAGGGAGCGAGGAUGAUGCUGAACUUCUCCGGUGAUGUGAUGGAUCAAGGGCCAUGUGAGAGCCGUGCAGGAUCCGUCCCGCAUCGCUUCCAACAGCUGAGACUUUGGGAAACGGGCUUGUUCCAAUCCCCAUUACAGAUAGAAUUUUCAACUUGUAAAAGUGUGCAUAAAGCGAAUAAGAGAUGCUUACAAUUUAUAACUUUUUAAAACAAGUGGACUUUACAGACUUCACAAAAGGUAUGGACACUUUUCUGAGGAUAUUUUUCAAAUGUUAUUACAAACUCAGAUGUGAUCGUUGUUGGAUUUGCUUUCAAGUCAUUGUGAAGAUGUACAGAGAAAGCCAAUACUAAUAUCUGCAUUUAAUUUUGUCUGCUUUAUUUUGGAAAUAAUCAUUGUAAGGACUAGAAUACAUGACCGAAAAAUUUGUGAUAUUCAAAUUUUUGGGUUUUGCUGUUUCAAACCUUCUUAAACAGCGGGUUUGAAGUGCUGACAUGCAUCUGUAAUGGAUACACUUAACAAUAUUCUUGACAUAAAGUGUUGAGAGGUGUGACAGUCAGAGACAAUAGCCAAAAACAGCCUAGUUGUAACCUACAUUUUACUGAGUCUCUUCUACCUUUUAAGGUCACCAAUAUCAGAAUAUUCUGCAUCCAUAUAAGUUCAAAACUUCUCAGAAGAACUGAUAUAAAGGUGUUUUACUGAGUAUGUCAAAUGCAGUUUAAUAUUGUGUAAUAUCCAUUUCAGGCUGCAUGAGUAUGUGGACAUGCUCAGUGACUUACAUGAUAAUCAAGCUUCUCAGCACACUUUCAACCCUUUUCUCAUAAAUGUACAUAGAUAUUAUAUGCUUGAAAGCUUAAUAUAUUUAGCAUUUGUCAGCCAUCUAUUGCAGUUUGUGCAUCACUAACUUAAAUUCGUGCAUUAUGACUGCCUGCCUUAAAACACAGAGAAAUGGUUAUGUAAUGAAUUCAAAUAGCUGAAACGGAUGUGAUGUAUGAAGUUAUUAGGUUAUCAGAAAAAUAUGUUUUAAUAGUCAUCAGACAUGCACUUCAGUUUUACAUGUCACAUGUUUUCAAGAACAAAUUCUUACAGUCCACUAAUGUCUUAAAGAACAUGCAAAAUCUCUCUUUAGCAUUCACUCUUUAGAUUUUGUUGUCAUUUCCACACCUGCACUCGCCUUUCCAGACAGACCUAUUCAAGAAAUCUCUCUUGUGAAAUGAUUCUGGUACCUGUCCAGUUUACAGCCAUUUCCACCACUACAGAAAGCACCGACCCAAUCGUAAUGGGGCUUUAUGCGAUGUCUCACACGGGUCACGAGCCACAAUUCAAAACAACUAUGAUGGUCAAAGUAUUGCUAACCCACAAGUUCAAGUUCCACAAGUUUAUACUAAAAAAAAAUGUUUCUACUCCACUCCACUUAAUUUUGGAUGUUUUGUUAUUACUAGUCCAGUUGUCCCUCUGUCCACGCCACAUGCUUCAUUCCUCUGUUGGGUUGUAUUCCUAUGCAA